GUAGUUUCAGAAGGGUUUUAUGUUUUUUGGAGAAAAAAAAUAUGGGUUCUUUUAUGAAAGAGAUGAAAAAGAAAAAAAAGUGUUUUGUUAAGUUUGGAUGCCCAGAAAUGACAUUAAUUAGACGGCAUCCGUUUAAUUUCUCGGUGGAGCUUUGUUUGAGGAAAGAUGAUUUGAGUAAAGUGGAAUAUUUACUUGAAAAAAGCAACCAUCCAAGAUUUAUUAAUGUGGAUGUUCCAUUGGAAUGGUUUUUGAGGGAAGAUGUUCUUGAUAGAUUGAUUAGAACGGAGGUAUUAUGUGCACUUUCUAUGAACCAUAUAGAUGUGGAUGAUGUUGUCUGUGUAAGCAAGGGGGAGAUUAUUCUUUCAUUAACAAAAGAUACAUAUGAAAAGGCAGGACUUGAAGGAAAGCCGUCUGCUUUUUCAAGAAAAUGUCUUAAAUGGAAUGUAUUACUAAAUAUGAGGGAAACAUCUAUGAAAAAGGGAAAGAAAGGAUUUAAUAGAGUUUUAUGGAGUUUUAAGAAUGUUUUUCAAAGGAAAUUUUCCUUCAGAAUGUGUGUAUUGGAUGAGGAUAAUAUUGGAAUUCUUGAAGAAAUUCUUGGAUUAUCAUGUUGUUUUGUAAAUUUUGAAAGAAAUGAAUCAGGCAAGAUUCUUUGUCCUUCUUUUUCUUAUCCAAAACAUGUGGAUUAUCCGGGUAUAGAUAGAAUUAUUCAGGAAGAAUGGGCUACAGAGAUAUAUGAAUGGCUAGGCUUAGUUUCUCUUGGAUCAGAAAGGCUACGUAUUGAUCUUAAUAAUGAUCCUUAUUCAUUGCCUUAUCAUCUUUCAGAUGCAUCUCAAGAUGAAGUUGUUAGGCUUCUAUGGUCAGGAAUGAUCUGUUGUACUUGGAUAUAUAAUUUAUGGCUAUUUUUACGCAAUCUUAAUGAUAUAAAUUGGAUCUCUCUAACUGUUAAUGGUUUUGAAGAUUCACCUAUCAGUUGGGAAAAUUAUGAACAUGGAUAUUUUUUUGGCGGUGAAAAUACAUAUACAAUACUAAAGCUAAAUUCAAAUACUAUGGAUAACAAUGAUCCGCCUUUUCUUGUUUAUGAAUAUAUAAAUAAUUUUGAUCAAUAUUCAUAACAAGUCUAUAUAUAUAUAUCGAAUAUAAAAAAUAAAGAUAAAAG